AUGGCUGGUUCUUUGACAACUUUCAUAGCGCACAAUCAUAAUAAUUCUGAUGGUGAAGAAGCUAAUAAUAAUCCAGUAAUAAAUGAUCCAAUUGAUGACAGAACUCAAACUCCACAGCAAAAUUCAAUUGCUAAUGCAGAAGAGAAUACGAAUAACAAUGAUGAUCUUAGUGCUUUUAAUCCAAUUUACGAUCCUCAUAAAAGAAUUCGAGAAGAAGAUGAAAAGUCUUACUUUUCUAAUACUCAGUCUCAACUACUGAAAUAUAUUACAAAUUCAGCUAAACUUCAACGGGCAUAUGUUAUCGGCGAUAUCAUUGACUUAAAAAUUUCUGAUGUUGAUAGAACAAUUUCUGAGAAAAAGAUAGUAUUGAAGGGGCGAACCACAGGCAUUAACAAGCUCAUAUCAUAA